AUGGCAAAGUUCCACGCUAGACCUGGUAGUAGAAGGAGUGCCGAUAUUGCACAACAACGUCCUACAUUGAGGCGUCUAUACACCUCAUCCAGUUGCUCUAAUCUCUACUGUGCACCAGAAAGGGAAUUUGGAAAACGAAUGGAUGAAUUAAUGCAAAAGAUUCGUAACGACGUAUUAUUUCAUGGUCCAAAUCACCUCUUACGUAUGGAAAUCUGCAUAGAUAAAGUCUAUGAAUUCUAUUUAGAGAUUUUAGAGAACAUAAAUAGGUUAGAAAACAGAUAUAGCUCAUCAUCAAGUUCUUCAUAUGAAGAAUUUAUACAACCUGCAUAUGAUGAUGAAAUAAAGGGUCAUAUAUCUAGCAGAAACACUAAUCGAAAUGAAAGUCGGCUUUCACAAGUUGGUCGGCGAGUCGAAAGUAGGAUUUCACGACAUCUUACCAAUGAUCAUAUAUAUGAAACAUUGAUGCCUGGUGUUCCCGAAAGAACUCAUAAUUCUGGCAGUUGGCAGUAUAACCAGGAACAAAGUGAAUUAAAUGAUAGUCCGGAAUUGCUAAAAUUUGCAAAUAUUCUAGGUAUUAAAGAUUUAUGCGCAACAGAAGAUUCAAUUUAUAUCUCUGAUGGUUCAAAUUGCGUUACUUGUUAUUCACUACAGUAUGGGCGGCCGGAGCAGAUGAUCCUUACUAAGAAUGCUGAUUUCAUAAGCAUGUCAUCGGAAGCUUUAUAUGUGACUAACGGUCGACUGAAAGAGGUAAUAAAGUUUAAAAAUGACGUAAUAACUGUUAUAUAUCGCUCACACGAAUGGACGCCAAAUGGCUUGGCAAUGUGGGGUGAUAACAAAAUUUAUAUUUGUAUGUUCAAUCAGAAAGCAAUGAUGGGAAGGGUCGUCUUGUUUAAAAACUACAAAGGCAACAAGUUGGUUGUUGAAAAAGAAAUUGAGUAUAAACACAACAACACUCGAAUGUUUCGGUAUCCGAAAUUCAUAGCUAUAAACAGCAAAGGUGAACCUUGUGUUUCGGAUAUAUAUGAGAAAUGUGUGAUAGUUGUCAAUAAGUAUCGUGGAAUUCGCUUUAAAUAUGAUGGAGCAUGUCCUGAUAAAAGACAACAAUUUGAACCAGAGGGUCUUUCUUGCGAUGGUAUUGACAAUAUAUACGUAACAGACAAUAACAAUGACUGUGUAGAUAUUGUCAAUCCGGGUGGUUACAGGUUGAAAUCAAUAUAUGACAUACCUUCUCCGGUCUGUGUUACUUUCAGUGAUAACAUUUUGUAUGUCACAAUGAAAGACAAACAAUUUAAAAGAUUUGUCCGUGUUAUCCGGAUAUAA